AGAAGAGCCGGCAACACCGUAAUAUGAGUAUUUAAUAAUUUAAUACUAGACGGUAUUUGAAGUAGUUUUAUAUUUUAUUAUGUUAUAUAAUAACAAUCUUGAUAAUAGUCCUUCAAAAUUAUCAUUUUAAUAAAUAAACUAUUGAAUUUGCUUAAAUACAUAGAUAAAAAGAGUCAUAACAUACAAAUAAAAAAGAAGAAUCUUCCUAGCCAAAAAAAUUAAUUAAAUAAAUAUGUCUGUAAGGUAUAAUUUUAUAAAUAUAUUACGUAAACCUUAUAUAAUAUUUAAUAAGUUCAUACAAGUAAGAAAUGGAAGUUACACAGCUUCUCCAUUUCUGGAAGAUGUAGGAGAAAUAACUACAAAAUUUGAAAAAACAAACGAUCCAAAUGAAUGGAAAUACGUAGAAAGAGCCCUUCCACCAUCAAUAAUUCCCGAACCAAUUUCAAAAGACAGGUCCGCUUCUGGAUGGAAACCGCAAGGUGAAAAUUUAAAAGAUAAAGCUUAUUUUAUCCAAAGAACGAAAAAUCACAUGUUACCUGUUUAUUUAAAAAUAUCUCAGGGUGGUUUGAAGCGACAUACAAUCAUUAAAAAAAUCCAGGGUGACAUCAACGUUUUAGAAAAAGAAUUAUUGGAAUUUCUUCAGCCAGAAUCAUUUAAACCAAUAAGAAGCCAGGUGAAUGAGUUUGUGGGUUAUAUUAGAAUAAAUGGUGAUUUUGUUAAUGCUACAAAAUAUUUUUUUGAAAAAAGGAACUUUUAGAAUGAUAAAAUUUUGUAUAGUUUUUUUCUUCAAAUGUUUACAGCAUUUUAAUGUUAAUUUUUUUGCUCCAUAGUUAUGAAAAUAAAUAGAAUAAAUAAA